GAGUGUGUGUGUGUGUGUGAGAGAGAGAGAGAGAGUGUGUGUGUGUGUGUGAGAGAGAGAGAGAGAGAGAGUGUGUGUGUGUGUGUGUGUUGAACUGCGGCAGGAAAAUGGCGAUGUAAGGGAAGAGUCCGCUUCUCCGGGAGGAUCAUGGGAAACGCCAGCAGUGAGAGAAGUGCACAAGGUGAGAAAAGCCAGAGGAGCCGUGGCAGUAAAGAUGCUAAAAUCCUCCUGCCCGAUGAUGCGGACCUGUUCACGGAUGAUGCGAAGGAGUUCCUGGCGUGGCAAAAGGAUGUUCAGUCAGAGAAUAAGGGUACUGUUGAACACCCCACGGUGUUUGAAUGGUCCAGUCCUGCGAAAGAGGUUUACGUCUCUGGCUCAUUUAAUAACUGGGCCACAAAAAUCCCUCUGUCCAAAAGCCACAAUAACUUUACGGGAAUCGUCGACCUUCCUGAAGGAGAGCAUCAUUAUAAGUUUUACGUUGAUGGACACUGGACUUUAGAUCCUAAGAAGCCUGUUGUCACCAGUAAAUCAGGCGUCGUUAACAACGUGGUUCUGAUACGCAAGAAGGACUUUGAGGUUUUCGACGCCCUGAAAAACGACUCUGAGAUAUGUGCUGACAUGUCGGACUUCUCCAGCUCUCCGCCCGGACCGUACCAUCAGGACCCGUACUCGAUUAAAGCAGAGGAGCGGCUCCGCACCCCCCCCAUCCUGCCCCCUCACCUGCUGCAGGUUUUGCUCAAUAAAGACACCGGUGUCUCGUGUGAUCCCGCUCUGCUUCCUGAACCCAACCACGUGAUGCUCAAUCACCUGUACGCUCUCUCCAUCAAGGAUGGUGUGAUGGUUCUCAGCGCCACUCAUCGCUACAAAAAGAAAUACGUCACUACUCUGCUCUACAAACCCAUAUGAGCUCAUGUUUUGCACGUGGCUACGUCUUUAACCCGGGCCAUCACCGCUAUCACACACACGAGGAGGAAACGCAGCCCUGUGAUCAUGUGGGCGAUUUAGAUGUUCGCCAAAGUUCAGUCACGAAGCUGCAGUAUUCACCAAAAUCCAUUACUGUAUCUGUUAUUCACGCUACAUUCCAGUGAAAGAUUAGCCUGGUUAGCACUGUGUGAGUCUUUAAAGUGAAAAUUCAGAAGUGUUCCAGCACUGAUUUUUUAUUUUUACUGGAUCUGUCUGCCUUAUAAAAUAUUUUCAUUACAUUUGUUAGUAUACACUUCAGUCUAAGAUUAAAAUUUUGUACUAAACAAGUGAAACAUCAUGUUUAGCCAAUGAAUAAAUUGUUGGACAAAAUCACCUAAAA